AUGGGCCAAAACGACGACCAAAAGACGUACCGCUACAAUGAAAGCCCGGUUUAUACCACUUCCAAUGGCUGUCCUGUGAUGGACCCGCAAGCUUCGCAGCGAGUAGGGCCCAACGGACCUCUCCUCCUGCAAGACUUCAACCUUAUCGACCUUCUCGCCCACUUUGACCGUGAGCGCAUUCCCGAGCGAGUGGUCCAUGCCAAGGGUGCAGGCGCCUACGGCGAGUUCGAAGUCACCGACGACAUCAGCGAUAUCACCGUCAUCGACAUGCUCAAGGGCGUCGGCAAGAAGACUAAAACCUUUGUCCGGUUCUCAACCGUUGGAGGCGAAAAGGGCUCCCCUGACAGUGCCCGCGACCCUCGAGGCUUUGCCUGCAAGUUCUAUACUGAGGAGGGCAACUGGGACUGGGUCUUCAACAACACCCCCGUCUUCUUCCUCCGUGACCCUAGCAAAUUCCCCAUGUUCAUCCACACCCAGAAGCGUAAUCCACAGACAAACCUGAAAGACGCCACCAUGUUCUGGGACUACCUUUCCACCCACCAGGAGGCCGUUCACCAGGUCAUGCACCUCUUUUCAGACCGCGGCACUCCCUACUCCUACCGUCACAUGAACGGCUACUCCGGUCACACCUACAAAUGGAUCAAGCCCGAUGGCACUUUCAACUAUGUCCAGCUGCACCUCAAAACAGACCAGGGCAACAAGACGUUCACGGACGCCGAGGCCACGCGCCUGGCCGCCGAGAACCCUGACUGGCACACUCAGGACCUCUUCAAUGCCAUUGCCCGCGGCGAAUACCCCUCAUGGACCUGCUAUGUUCAGACCCUGUCACCAGAGCAAGCCGAGAAGUUCCGCUGGAACAUUUUCGACCUGACCAAGGUCUGGCCGCAAUCCGAAGUUCCCCUCCGCCGCUUCGGCCGCUUCACCCUUAACAAGAAUCCCGAGAACUACUUCGCCGAAGUUGAGCAAGCCGCCUUCUCUCCCUCCCACCUUGUCCCCGGCGUCGAGCCCUCCGCCGAUCCCGUCCUCCAAGCCCGCCUCUUCUCUUACCCGGACACCCACCGUCACCGCCUCGGCACGUCGAACUAUCAAUCCAUUCCCGUCAACUGCCCCCUGCGCGCAUUCACGCCCUUCCACCGCGACGGCGCAAUGAGCGUGAAUGGCAACCAUGGCGCGAAUCCCAACUACCCAUCGACCUUCCGGCCGCUGCAGUACAAGCCCGUUAAGGCGUCCCAGGAGCACGAGAAGUGGGCUGGCUCGGUAGUAACCGAGCAGCUGCCUGUUACUGAUGAGGACUUUGUUCAGGCCAAUGGGCUCUGGAAAGUCCUUGGUCGCCAGCCGGGACAGCAGGAGAAUUUUGUGGGUAAUGUUGCGGGACACCUCUGCAAUGCUCACCCUAGGGUCCGCCAGGCGACAUAUGGCAUGUUCCGCCGUGUGAAUGCUGACCUUGGGAAGAGGAUUGAAAAAGCCACUGAGAAAAAAGCUACUGAGGCCAGGGCUCGUUUGUAGCUUAGUCACACUACUUUGGAUUAGAACUCACUGUGAUGUUGGCUAAAUAUUUUUUUUCUAAGCUCAGAGCUUGAUAGGUUAGUAACUGGAUGUAGAUUGGCAUGCAUAUAUGGAUGGAGUAAUAAGGGAAACGAUUCUGGUUCACUAUAUGGAUCUAACGCUCUGCUAACUUAAACAAAAAGUUGCACCUGGUUAUCUAACAUGCCUUAAAGUUUAACAGGAAUCCAGUAAGAACAACAAACUGUAUAGUUGUUAUCAAAACAGCAAUGCCAAAAAACGGACAGCAACCCUAACGCCUGUGGGAAGUGAACGCCAAGUCCGUAUCAAAUUUCGGGUAACCUCGAGAUACGCCGGAUGCAGGAAGAUUGUGUAGUUCGUAAAUGGUCGUAAUAA